GCAGCUCGCCUCUUGGCUCCCUGAGCUACGCACCAAGGCUUCUGCGCACACCCCCCCCCCACCACCACCACCACCUCGCUUAACUGAGUUUGCCAGCACGCUCGCCUCUCCCGGCAGGGAAGAUGCUCGUGCCGUGAGGCAGAGCUGAUUUUUUCCCUGUCCUGUUUCCUAUUUUCCAUCAGCCUCGGCGACUCGUCGGCGAGGAAGGAAGAGGCGGCAGUGUGGGUGGGUGGGUGGGGGGGGAGGUGAUGCUAUUUCCCACCCUCCCGGAGGACGCCUGAAUAAAGCAUUGCCACGGCGACGGCUCCCUAGAUAAGGCGGGCAGGAGCACCCCGCGCCACCAGAAAGUUCUCGCGCCACUGAGCCCCACCGCCGGCGCCGCUCGCCGCCCCCUUCCAAGGGAAAAAAAUAUUUCCAUGAUGUCAACAGAAUAUGUUCAGCCACUUGAUAUCCCAGAAGACAGACUGGACAAGCGAGAGUCACACUGUAACCAUUUAGAAGACCUUUCAGAGCAGUUGAUAAAGAGCUGUGACCUUAAAAAGAAACCAAGAAAAGGUAAAACAGUUCAGGCCUCCCAAAACACCGAACAGGAGCAAAAAAAGCCAAGGAGAAAAGAUACACCAGCAUUACACACCCCACCACCCCUCUCAGGCAUACUUUCAGACUUUUCUGAUACCCUGCUGAAAAGGUAUGGUAUCACAGAGAAACCACAGAGGGAAAUAGUGAGUCCAGACUCUCAGAUCACUGAACUGGAACAGAAAAAGCCCAGGAGAAAAGAUACACCUGCAAUACACAUCCCACCCAUUAUAACAGGCACUAAGCUGCUUACAGAAGAAAAGCAAACAGUGAUUAUGGAAGAUGAAGAAAAGGAUGGAGACACAAUCCCCAGCUAAGAUUCUAGUGAUAUCUCCAAUAUGUAAUGUAAAUAAUAAUCUGGGUCAUUUGAAGUGGCAGCUCAUAGAGAAAAAAGCCCGUUCAUUUUUAUCAAUAAUAAUUUUCUUAAGUAUGCACUUGAAUUUAAAUGAUCUUCAAGUGCUUAUCUGCAUCCCAUGAAACCCCAGGAAGCAGCACAGGAGAUGACAAAAGAUUCAUUUACACACGGGGCUAGGAGGAUUCCCUUGGUUUAUUAAGAGCAGAUUUCCCGGACUCUUGUCUACAGGGAUUCCACCUCAGAUCAAAUCCAGUUUUGUAUAGUGUAGUGAUAAGGUUUAAUGCAAAUGGCACUGCCAACCCAGUGUAGCUGGCACUAGAUACCAGUGUGGAUGGUAGCACAAGGCAGUGCAUUUUCUGGCCAUUCUUUCUUGGUUACACAGGCUGUGCUUGUACUGUGUUGAGGCACAAGCUUGGCUCUUCCCUCUCCUCCCUCCUGUUCCCAUAGGAUGUAGAACAUAAGCUAAAGACCUAAACUUGUAUUUUUCUCCUGACUUUUCAUCUCAUUAGCCUGGCUUUUUUUGCUGGAAUAAUGUUGACUGCAGUUAAAAUUCCCACAUGCAAAACUGAAGUGAUAGAGAGCAUGGGAAAGAAGGAAUCAAGUUUAGAGUUCCUGAAAUGCAAAGCAAACACUUUUUGUGCCUAUAUCUACACAUAGCUUUGUUUGUAAGGAGAAAAGGGUAGAUUUAUUGUAGUAUGAAAAAGCAAAGCUAAGUGCCAUCAACACUGAAGCAUCAAACAAAACACAGGGCAGAGCCCUCAGAAAGGAAACAUACUGAAAGUGCAACAUUUGCCUGUUGUACCAGUAGAGCCUACCGAUUUUUUUUUUCCUUUCCAAGAUUUUAUUCCUAGGCUGGUGAAAGAUGAGUGAGUGGGAUAGUCGAUCCUUUUCCUCCACAGGUUUUCUUUUAAUAUGUGCUUUUUAAACCCAAUCCUAGCUUGUCAGUUAGGAGGAGCUGUAAAGACUGAAAAUCACAGUGGAGGAUUCAGAACUGAGUAAAAAGAACAGCAUUACUCAAUGGCAAUGCAAACUGCAAGAUGAAACAGCAUCAUGCUGCUUUUCUAAUAACUUAAUUCACUGAUUGAAUCAAGAUUUGUUCUCACAGCUACCUACAGUCUUCAGCAUUUGUACAAACAGAGGGGGGUACCUGUAGAAUAUUAUACAAAAUAGGUAGGACUGGGUAGUUUUCUGCUUACCUUAACAGCUCUGUAUGCUAGAUGGAGCAGCACUGCCAGCUGGAUCCUUAGGGACCUCAGCACAGAGGUUAAAGAUUACCUAACCCGGCAGACUGAAUUCAGUUAUUUUUUUAACACCCUUAGGCAGACAGCUGAGGAAUACACUAGCUAGGACUUCAUUUGCCACAGUGACUGACCCAGCAUCUUUCAUAAGAAUGCAGUCCAUUCGCAAAUGUUCAGCUUUGAGAUGUAACCAACAAGCUUAUAAUAAAUGAUGAUAUACUAAAGCAUACAA